UUGUUUGUCCGUACCCACACCGAGCCUGAAACACAUCUACACACACGCGGAGUCCACAAUCUCUGCCAGCCAGCCAACAAGCAAGAAAGCAAUGGGAGACGAUUGCUGAGGCAGCCACGGAGAGAUUCACAUUGAGACCGAGUAUGGCUGUUGACGCGGCGUCCAGCUUCAGUUUCUGCCGUGCCUCCCUGGACCACAAUGUGUCCUCGGAGGAGUUGAACUACCAGCUCCCUCGCCGGCCGGGGACAAGUCUCACCUGGCAUGACGGGCGAGGCCAGAAGAGCUCACACACGCGUGCUGUCAAACUGCUGCAGCAGCCGGGAACAGAGGGUAUACAGCUGCGUCCUGGUGAAGCCUUCACGGUGUACCACACCAGCCCCACGCUGUCCAGCCUCUCCAAACCGGUGGUGCUGUGGACCCAACAGGAUGUAUGCAAGUGGCUGAAGAAACACUGUCCACACAACUACCUCACCUACGUGGAAGCCUUCUCCCAUCACGCCAUCACAGGACGAGCAUUGCUGAGGUUGAACGGGGAGAAGCUAGAGAGGAUGGGCAUCGUCCAAGAGACACUGAGACAGGAGGUUCUACAGCAGGUGCUUCAGCUGCAGGUCAGAGAGGAGGUUCGUAACCUGCAGCUGCUCAGCAGAGCCUCCUUUGGAAACCUCUCUUAGCUCAUCCCCUCCUCCGUCCAUUUGGCAGCCCUGUCUCUCUGUCUCUCCUCCUCUGACACGACGCGAAUCUACGGGAGGACCUGCUCACUCCAGAUAUGUAACCGCAGAAUCGACUUUGAAAGGAGGGAGGAGAGGAGGGGAGGGGAGGGGAGGAAGGAAGAACGAAAAAAGAGGAGCAAAGAGGAGCCUAUAGACUACAAGCCAAAUGGACUGAAGGAGGAUUCCCAUUCAACAAUGCCAACUGGGUUUUAACGAAGAGCGACAGAGAGCAUGAGAGGGGGAGAUGGAAAAGGAGACCAAAGGAAAGAGGCCGAGACAAACAGACAAUGAAGUGCUGAAUACAAGUGCACACACUGUACCAUAAAGAUAAGACGUAUGGACAGACGUCAACAUUGUAGACAACUCACUUCGCCAGUUCUGUCGGCGCUUAAGUACAAGAGAUCGUCUCCCCUGGAUUCUUCAAUCAUUUUGGACACAGGGUUGGAAAUGAUUACUGCUCUGUCUGUGUGGUCCAUCAAAGUGGGUCCCAUAUGGAUCCAAAAGAAGUGGGACUUAGCUUUUGCGGGACAACUACUGAUUAUCACUGUGUCACACCCAGAUCAACACCACACUGUUCACAUAUUUUCCCCUCUGGAUUUUCAUUUAGGAAAUGUAUGUAUAUAUCGUUUUGAUAGAGCUAAUAAAUACAGUAUAAAGUACAGUAAGGAUACCAUUACACAUGUGCACCCCCUCCGGGAAGCAACAUAGCAUUAUUUUAAUGCUUUAUAAAGCUGUGUCAUGGCAAUUGUACCUGAGUCAAAAACAAACAGUAUACUGCAACGUUGUAGUGAAAUAUUAACUGCCUGUGAACCUUAAUAUAAUAAUAGUGACCAUAUACCUUCCAUAUUUUUUUAGAGAUCAUCCUAUAAUUGGACACUCUCAGAAUUUUAUCAAGCAAUACUCCGGUAAUGAUGUAGCUGGCCAGAAUGAAUGGAAAUUCUCGAACAGUAUGCCUACAUCCUUACAACUUUGUUGUGUUCAAAAUAUACAAUGUGUCCCACAUCCUGUCUCUUUGUAAUUGAAACAACAACUAGGGGGCUUACUGUAACCCUGGAGAAUUGAUGCUGUGCACUAACUGCCUAUUAUGUCUACUGUAUAUAAUGAAUCUCACAUUCUUGUGUACAUAUUAGAGACAGAGAGACCAGACCAGGCACUGACUAUUACUCUCACACUGUGAUGGCACACAAUGUAACUGUGCUUCUUACCAGAAACUAGAACAUGACAGAAUUAGGCACCAACACUGCAACACAACCAGGUAAAAUGUUGCAUUCCAAAUUUCAAGCCACACAUACUGUAAGUGCGUGGAAGUAGGUACAUGUGAAAAUUUGGUUGGUUAACCUGCAACUGAUGUGUCCCUUUGUUGGUCAGAUCGCAGGUGUUCAAAUGAGUUCUGGGUCCAUACGUGUUUAGAUAUCUGAACCGAAACAAAGAGCUCUAACCCUCUCUAUUUUCAAAUGAUGAGCGUCCAAGUGCCAAAUGUCCCAUUCACCUUUCACAAUUUGGAUGAUGCUAACACCUGCGAAAUUGUGAUUUAUCCAAAGGACCGGAACUAAUGCUGCUCGUUAUCACGCUCAUCCUGUUGUAUUAUGAAAGAUUUAUGGCACCAGAUUCCUUUGUCUGGCCGCUAGAGAUUACUGUUUAAGAAAUUGUAAAAAGGAGCCAGUCUGGUUAGAGGGGAAAAUAUUCUUCAAUACAGGCUACUCUCCUUGAAUGAUGAAACAAUUUGGCUGUGAAAUGGAAAAUACUGUUAAGCUAUGUUUUUAUUUUAUUUAGGAAAAUAAAUUAGAUCUGUACAGACACUUUGUCAGAUCAUGGCGGUGUUGUUGAUUUAAGAUAUGUUUAAGUAUAUGACGUAUUGAUAAGCUGUAUACUGAUAUUUAGAACAGGUAUGGAAAGUGAAGGAUUGUGUCUUUUAAAUAAAGUAUUGCAUUAUAAUGGUA